ACUAACAGAGGGCAAAUUAGAUACUCAGUAUUUUCCUAUUGCCAUCGUCAUUCUUUGUAAAUCAUCAGAUGAUGAUUUGAUGCUUCUGUCUUUUCUUGAAUUACUAAAAGAAAAAAGAAAAAAAAAAAGUCCACUGAAAUACCACAGUUCUGGUAGCUUUGCUAACUAGCUCCCUGAGCAAACUGUUCUUUCAGUAAUCAUAACCUAAUUACCACUGGCAAUUGGAAAGGUUGGGGGGUUUUUUUGUUGAUUUUUUUUCUUUUUUUUUUUCCUUGGAUGGGGGAGGGCAUAUAGUUGCUGAAAGAUCUUUGGAUUUAAACAGAAGACAUUCAACAGUAACAAUAGUGUAUAUGUUUAAAAAAACUGCUGGAAAAUGUAGAAAAAAGAAGAGGGGGGGAAGCAACCACCCUCUGGCAGAUGUUCAAGUGCGUGUUGAGACAGAGCAGCAAGUCAGUGAAAGGCAGGAGUUGCCUGCUCAGUGUUGUGACUCUGCAGAAGUCCUGAAGUGACACAUGCAUCACAGGGCUGUCACAGUGCUGACACAGGCCAGGGGUCAUGGUUAAGAGCUGGGUGUUGCUGGAGAAGGCUGAGGAAGCAGAGGUGGCCCCUCUGUGCUCUGUGUGUGGGUCUGUGUACUCCUUUCCCGUCAACGCUGGCCCAGCACGGCCAAAAAAGCGGUUCCUUGGCAGGGCUUAAUGGCAGGAUGAUGUAGUCUGUUGUGACUAGUGCAUUCCUUUCAGGUUAAACUAGGGAAAUGGCAUUGUGUUAAAAUUCCAAGUCGCAUGAAUGUUUUAUUGCCACAAGUGCAUUCAGGCCUCAAGGGGAGUGUGUGUGGUGGGGAAAGGAGGAGGGAGGGUGACUUAGUGACUCGAGAACUAUCAGAAGAGCACUUCCCCUGGAAAAUUUUACCCAGCAGCACGAAGCUUACGGGCUGCAAUAGUCACUUAGAGAGGUUUCGCUUUUCCUAAGCUGCGGCUGUUUAAAAUCUCUCAGUUCACACAAUUAGCAGCUGAAGAAAAUAUGACAAGACACACGCAAAGAGGUUGGGAGGUAGAGGGAAAGGAAUGCACUGGGAGGGAGCCGGAUCGCCUUCUGUAAACUGCCAGAGCUCUCCCCCGUCCCCCUCCUGCUCGGCUGCCCCAGCCCAUGGCCCGGGACAAGGGGGGAGGAUUUUUCCCCUCCUUGUCUGCUGAUGCCCAGGAAUGAUCUGUUAACUGUACACCCUGGCUGGGAGGCCAGAGCAGCUCAUGGCCAUCCGCUGUACACUGGUAAAUUGCACAUGUGAAUGUUUUCAGCCAGGGAAGAUUAACCUGAGAACCUGUGAUCAGUGUAAACAUGGCUGGGUGGCACAUGCCUUGGACAAACUUAGUACUCAACACCUCUACCACCCAACCCAAGUGGAGAUUGUGCAGUCCAACGUUGUGUUUGACAUCAGCAGCCUGAUGCUCUACGGUACUCAGGCUGUGCCUGUGAGACUGAAGAUACUGCUUGACCGACUCUUCAGUGUACUGAAGCAAGAGGAGGUGUUGCAUAUUCUACAUGGCUUAGGCUGGACACUUCGAGACUAUGUUCGAGGCUAUAUUCUUCAGGAUGCUGCAGGCAAGGUGCUGGACCGCUGGGCCAUCAUGUCCAGGGAAGAAGAGAUCAUUACCCUUCAGCAGUUCCUGAGAUUUGGAGAAACUAAAUCUAUCGUGGAGCUGAUGGCAAUUCAAGAAAAAGAAGGGCAGGCUGUGGCUGUGCCAUCUUCAAAGACAGAUUCAGAUAUAAGGACUUUUAUUGAAAGCAAUAAUCGCACCAGGAGCCCAAGUCUCCUUGCUCACCUGGAGAAUAGCAACCCUUCCAGCAUUCAUCAUUUUGAAAACAUCCCGAACAGCCUUGCAUUCCUGCUUCCAUUCCAGUACAUAAAUCCAGUCUCUGCUCCACUGCUGGGGCUGCCUCCAAAUGGCCUCCUGCUGGAACAACCAGCAAUGAGGCUCCGUGAACCAAGCCUUACGACCCAAAACGAAUAUAAUGAGAGCAGUGAAUCUGAAGUGUCCCCUACACCUUUCAAGAAUGAGCAAGCAUCCAGCAGGAAUGCUUUGACCAGCAUCACAAAUGUGGAGCCCAAAACUGAGCCAGCCUGUGUCUCUCCUGUUCAAACACCUACGCCAGUCAAUGAUUUAUCAAAAACAGAACACACAAAAAGCUCAUUCCGAAUUCACAGAAUGAGGAGAAUGGGGUCAGCCUCCAGGAAAGGAAGAGUGUUUUGCAAUGCAUGUGGCAAAACUUUCUAUGACAAAGGUACUCUUAAAAUCCACUACAAUGCUGUGCACCUGAAAAUCAAGCAUCGAUGCACUAUUGAAGGCUGCAAUAUGGUCUUCAGCUCUCUCAGAAGCCGUAAUCGCCACAGUGCUAACCCCAAUCCCCGCCUCCACAUGCCUAUGCUAAGGAAUAACCGUGACAAAGAUCUAAUUCGUGCUACAUCAGGUGCUGCCACUCCUGUCAUAGCAAGUACAAAAUCCAACCUAACUUUAACAAGCCCUGGGCGUCCACCGAUGGGGUUUACCACUCCCCCUCUAGACCCGGUACUACAGAACCCUCUUCCCAGUCAGCUGGUCUUCCCAGCUUUAAAGACUGUCCAACCUGUUCCUCCUUUUUACAGAAAUUUACUUACUCCUGGAGAGAUGGUGAGUCCUCCAACCUCACUCCCAACCAGUCCCAUAAUACCAGCUGUGAGUGGCAUGGAGCAGCAUCCCCCUCCUCCUUCAGAGUCAUCGGUACCUUCAGUGUUGAUGCCUACCCCAGAGCCCAAUGCAGACCUUGCCCCCAAGAAGAAGCCAAGGAAGUCAAGCAUGCCAGUUAAAAUUGAAAAGGAAGUUAUUGACACUGCUGAUGAGUUUGAUGAUGAAGAUGAAGAGGUGAAUGACAGGAGCACGAUGGUGAAUGACAUUGGUCAUGACAAUCACUGCCAUUCUCAGGAGGAAAUGAGCCCAGGCCUGUCUGUGAAAGACUUUUCCAAAAGUGACAGAAGCAGAUGUCUGUCCAGACCAGACAUAAGAAGGGCAGACAGCAUGACAUCAGAAGACCAGGAGCAUGAGAGAGACUAUGAAAAUGAGUCAGAGUCAUCAGAGCCCAAAUUAUGUGAAGAAUCCCUGGAAGGUGAUGAUCGCCUCCACGAACCUGGUGAAAAAUCUAUGAUGCACAGUGACCAACCAGAUGAAAACCACAAUGACUCUUCUAACCAGGAUGUCAUUAAGGUGAAGGAAGAGUAUACUGACCCUACAUACGAUAUGUUCUAUAUGAGCCAAUAUGGACUGUACAAUGGAGGCAGUGCCAGUAUGGCUGCUCUUCAUGAAAGUUUUGCUUCCACAUUCAACUACAGCAGCCCUCAGAAGUUCUCCCCAGAAGGUGAAAUGUGCUCCAGCCCAGACCCCAAGAUCUGCUAUGUUUGCAAGAAAAGUUUCAAGAGUUCCUACAGCGUGAAGCUUCACUACCGAAAUGUUCAUUUAAAAGAGAUGCAUGUCUGCACAGUGGCUGGCUGUAAUGCUGCGUUCCCAUCACGGAGAAGCAGAGACAGACACAGUGCUAACAUAAACCUGCACCGUAAACUGUUGACCAAAGAACUGGAUGACAUGGGCUUGGACACUUCACAGCCUUCUCUUAGUAAGGACCUCCGCGAUGAAUUUUUGGUGAAGAUAUAUGGCGCUCAGCAUCAGAUGGGGCUUGACAUAAGGGAAGACACCUCCUCGCCUGCUGGCACUGAGGAUUCCCAUAUGAAUGGGUACGGCAGGGGCAUGGCAGAAGACUAUAUGGUACUAGACCUGAGCACCACCUCCAGCAUCCAGUCCAGCAGCAGUAUCCAUUCCUCAAGAGAAUCUGAUGCAGGAAGCGAUGAGGGUAUUCUCCUGGACGACGUCGAUGGGGCAAGUGACAGCGGGGAAUCUGCCCACAAAGCAGAUGCCCCUGCCUUAGCUGUAGGUAUGGGCACCGAUGUCCCAGGAUCCCUCAUGUUCAACAGUGUUUCGGUGAGCAACGGUGGGAUAAUGUGUAACAUUUGCCACAAAAUGUACAGCAACAAGGGAACCCUCAGAGUGCACUAUAAAACAGUGCACUUGAGAGAAAUGCACAAGUGCAAAGUCCCUGGGUGCAACAUGAUGUUCUCCUCUGUCCGUAGCCGAAACCGGCACAGCCAGAACCCCAAUCUGCAUAAAAACAUUCCUUUCACCUCAGUAGAUUAGGUCAAGGAUGGACACAGCAUAAUGCCAGCUCUCAGAGAGGGCCCACUACAUCUGAACUGCCAUAUACAGUCUCCCUUUAUAUAUAUAUAUAUGUAUAUGUAUAUAUAUACACACACACAUAAAUAUACAUAUAUAUAUAUAACUUUUUCUUUUCUUUUUUAGCAAAAGAAAGAAACACCAGGUG